CAUUUCCCCCUAUAUCAACUGCGGUCGAACCCGGUUCUCCCCAAUUUUCCCUCUUCAUUCUUCACCCAGUUCACUCCAAAGAAGAAUUUUGGGCAUGUUCUCGAGGAAUUUGUAUUCACUACGCAUGCAGCAACGUAUCUCUAGCUUCUUUGAAUUCCUUUUCAUGUAAAUUUCAUUUCAUUUCGGUUUCAAAGUAUGAAAAUACCCAUGAAGAACAACGAAGAAAAAGGAUUGAAGAAUUCCUUGAUGUCUGUCUCUACCUAAUAAAUAAAUUCACGCGACAGCUAUGGAGUUUGUUUCUCUGUUUAAUUUCAGUAUUCGGAGACCUUGUGAAGCUCUGUUUUGGAUUUUUGCCUUUCUAUUGCUGCAGAAUAGUGAAAGCUCCUCCUCUUCGGAUUCCAAUUAUUUGAUCGGACUUGGAAGCUAUGAUAUCACUGGACCGGCGGCGGAUGUUAAUAUGAUGGGAUAUGCUAAUAUGGAACAGAUUGCGUCUGGAGUUCACUUCAGAUUGCGAGCUCGUACAUUUAUUGUCGCAGAGCCACAAGGAGAAAGGGUUGUAUUUGUUAAUCUCGAUGCUUGCAUGGCCUCGCAGCUGGUCACAAUCAAGUUGCUUCAGAGAUUGAAGGAAAGGUAUGGAGACCUUUACACGGAAAAGAAUGUAGCCAUUAGUGGAAUUCAUACACAUGCUGGACCAGGUGGUUAUCUUCAGUACAUUAUAUACAUAGUGACGUCUCUUGGAUUUGUGCGGCAGUCAUUUGAUGUCCUUGUAAAUGGUAUUGAGAACAGCAUUAUACAGGCUCAUGAGAAUCUGCGUCCAGGAUCUAUUUUCAUAAACAAGGGAAAGCUUUUAGAUGCAGGUGUGAACCGCAGCCCUAGUGCAUAUCUCAAUAACCCUGCAGAAGAGCGCGGAAAAUACAAAUACAAUGUUGACAAGGAGAUGACACUAUUGAAAUUUGUGGAUCUAGAAUGGGGCCCUAUUGGAAGCUUUAGUUGGUUUGCAACUCAUGGAACUUCUAUGAGUCGUACAAACUCAUUGAUUAGUGGGGAUAACAAAGGGGCCGCCGCAAGAUUCAUGGAGGAUUGGUUUGAGAAAAAAAGUGGGAUCAGCUCAGUUUUUAAUAUAUCUGUAGAUGACAGAAUCCCUCGAAGAGUCUCAAGCAUAAUACCUGACCUUUUCAUCAAUCAUCAUGAGUUACUUGAGCUUGCUGCAUCUUUCCAGUCUCCUUCUGGUAGAUCAGCAACCAGAAUUCUAAGUUCUUCAAGGCGUGUCAGGGGUGCCCUCAGGAAUGCUGAAAAACCUCAAUUUGUGUCAGCAUUUUGUCAAUCAAACUGCGGUGAUGUUAGCCCGAAUGUUCUUGGAGCCUUCUGUAUAGAUACUGGACUUCCAUGUGAUUUCAAUCACAGUACCUGUAAUGGGAAGAAUGAACUAUGCUAUGGCCGAGGACCAGGUUAUCCUGAUGAGUUUGAAAGCACACGGAUCAUAGGAAAGAGACAAUUCAGAAAAGCAGUUGCUCUAUUUAGUAAUGCAUCAGAGCAGUUACAAGGAAAGGUUGACUACCGUCACUCAUAUGUUGACUUCUCUAAGCUUGAGGUCACUAUUGAACGUGGAGGAACUACUGAAGUGGUGCAAACGUGUCCUGCUGCAAUGGGGUAUUCAUUUGCUGCUGGAACCACUGAUGGACCCGGUGCUUUUGAUUUUGAGCAAGGAGAUGACAAGGUAAUAAUUAUGUUAAUAAGAAAUAUCAAUUCCAUCUCAUUGACUCUCGCCAUCUAUUUAAUUUAUCAGGGAAAUCCUUUCUGGAAGCACAUACGUAAUUUUUUAAAGAAACCAAAGAAGGAACAAAUUGAUUGUCAACACCCGAAGCCCAUCUUACUGGAUACUGGUGAAAUGACAAAACCGUAUUAUUGGGCUCCUUCAAUACUUCCCAUCCAAAUCCUCCGAGUAGGGCAGCUAAUCAUUCUUGGAGUACCUGGAGAAUUUUCAACAAUGGCUGGGAGGCGACUUCGUGAUGCUGUGAAAACCGUGCUAACUGAUGGAGAUAAAAGUGAAUUCAGUGAUGACAUUCAUAUUGUUAUUGCAGGAUUGACAAAUUCUUAUUCACAGUAUGUGACCACUUUUGAAGAGUACCAAGUGCAAAGAUAUGAGGGCGCUUCUACUUUAUACGGUCCUCAUACUCUAAGUGCCUACAUUCAGGAGUUUAAGAAACUUGCCCGCUCCCUCGUUGAUGGCCAAGCAGUUGCUGCCGGGCCUCAACCACCAGAUUUACUGGACAAGCAGAUAAGCUUUCUACCAUCUGUCGUGAUGGAUACAACUCCACAUUCAGUAAAAUUUGGGGAUGUAGAAUCUGAUGUUCCCAAGAAUUCCACCUUCAAGAGAGGCGAUACAGUAACAGUUACCUUCUGGUCAGCCUGUCCUCGGAACGAUCUUAUGACUGAAGGUACAUAUGCACUGGUGGAAAUUCUCCAUGACAAAAAGCUGUGGGUUCCAGCCUAUGACGACGACGAUUUCUGCCUACGUUUUAAGUGGUCGAGACCGUUCAAGCUUAGCAGUCAAAGCCAUGCAACCAUAGAAUGGAGAAUCCCUAAAAGUGCAACCCCAGGAGUGUACAGAAUAACACACUUUGGGGCAGCAAAAAGGCUUUUUGGAUCAAUAAGCCAUUUCACAGGGUCAUCUAGUGCUUUUGGUGUAAUGUAAUGAAGGGAAUGUAUGUACCACUUAGUUAAAUAAGUUGGUGUUGUUACUAAAGAUUACCUUCAAAUCCAAGUUGCUUUACAAGUUUACAUCCAGGAUUACCUUCUAGGAAUUAGGAAUAUACAACAUGGGAAAUCCACGAUUCUGUAUACUUUAUUUUCCAAAUCUUGGACAAAUUCACACUAAGAUUUCAAGCGUUA